ACAUUUCAAUACGUUCCCAGCUCUGGAGCCGAACGGACACUUUCCCCGUCGUCUUUGUCGUCGUCUCGCGAGAUCCGCCUGAGUUCGAACAAGAUAAAUAGUAAAAUAAAAGCAAAGAAUCGAUCUUUAUUAGGUGGUGCAACAAACGCGUAUAAAGAACGAAGCAUUGAACUGAACAGUUUCCAACAAUCACAGACAACGCACCAAUUGUUAGUGUGAAUAAAACAAUUCCGGAUGCUAUUCGUGCAUUAUUCGUGCGAUUGUUUGUGCUGCUGUUUUGGUCAAUCUAUUUGGUGCUGUUGGGACGACAGCCAGUGUUUGUGUGUGAGAUUUUGUGAUUUGCAAAAAGAUCAAUGAAACAAUUGUAAAACAAGUGUUUGAAAACCAUUCCACAAAAAAACCAAGUAAAGUGCUGCUGCUUACAAAAACGGUUCAUAAAGAGACCUGCUCUGUGAAGACACAUUAAGCAAACAGUUGUGUGCUGUUUUUUUGCCAAUUCUGUGUAAUUGUGACUAGUGCAUGCGAGUGUUGAAAGUGCUAGAGAACAUAAAUACUCACCAUUAUCAUGAUUAAUCACCACACGAUGGCCAGCCUGGGACAUCCGCACUACGGGUUUGCGCUCAGCAACGGGAUGGACAUACCGCCGGCGGCGGAUUUUGCCCCACAGCCGCACCACAGCCCCAGCUCACCGACCGACCAUCUUGGGCUGAAGCGUGGUCUCACCUUCCCGGCAUCCUCGCUGGCCAGCCUGCAGGGUCACGGGGCGAUGCAUGGGGCGGCCCAUCACCAUCACGCCUCACUCGGACAGAAUGGUGCAGCGGGUGGUGGAGGUAUGGGUGGUGGCGGCGGUGGUGGUGUCAAUGGACAGACCUCCCCCGGCCAGGAAGGACACAUCAAGCGGCCGAUGAACGCGUUCAUGGUGUGGUCCCGACUGCAGCGCCGCCAGAUCGCGAAGGACAACCCGAAGAUGCACAACUCGGAGAUCUCGAAGCGGCUCGGCUCGGAGUGGAAGCUGCUAACCGAGGCCCAGAAGCGCCCAUUCAUCGAUGAGGCGAAGCGACUGCGGGCAACGCACAUGAAGGAGCAUCCCGACUACAAGUAUCGGCCACGCCGCAAGCCCAAGAACCCGCUGGCCAGUGCGGCGAACGGGCUGGGAGCGCUGGGCGCCAUGCAGCAGAGCGGCAAGGCCGGUUCGCUCGGAUCCUCCUACCCGUUCCCGCAGCUGCCGCCCUACUUUGCCCCGGCCCAUCCGCUGCAGCAGCUCGAGCAGCACUACCCGGUGCCGUACUUUGGCAGCUUCGAUCCACUCACCCUGCAGAAGCUGCACCAAUCGCAGCAGCAAAGCGUCCACCAGGCGGGCCAUUCGCCCGUCGGCGGGUUGGGCGGUGAUAGUGGCAAACAGUCGGCCGGACAGCAGCUUCCACCUACCUCGCUCAGCUCGUUCUACUCGAACAUUUACGCCGGCAUCUCGGCAUCGGCGGCGGCCGCACCGCUCUAUGCCGCACACUCCAACAGCCUGUACAACACCUCGUCCACGUCGUCCGCGUCGCCCGGUUCGAGCCCGAGCGCAUCCCAGUCCACGCUGCCCGAUCUGGAGAACGCGAUGAGGCGACCGGUGCAGGUCAUCUACUAGGAAGAAUAGGAAGCAGAAGAAGCGUUAGAGAAACUAGAGGAGCCACUGUUCUGUGAACAUGUGGCGUACGUUUUAAUUUUACGCAAAAUCCCGAUCCUCCCGUAUCCCCCCCUUCUUUACCCAGUUAGGCUAGUGUGUGUGUGUAUGUCGAUCAGUGUAUUUGUAUGUGUAAAUAGUUAGAGUAAAAAGCAGAUGCAGCCUCACACACUCUUCGGGUCGGUUUCGCCUCCUCCGGCAAAAUCCGGGGGUGGGUAUUUGUUUUAAUUUAUUCUGCUGGCCUGCUCGCUCAGAGGCUCUAGAGGAGUCGCAUUUCCCAUUUUUUGGUAAUAGGAGAAUUUUAACACUUUUAAUUAAUAAGACGCAAAACAACAGACAUACACACGCAAAAAGUGGAGCGGAAAAUAGGAGAAAAAAGGGUUCGUUUUGGAGCGCUUUUUGUUUGGAGCGUUUCGUAAGCGGGAACCAACAAACCGUAGGAACAUUAUACCUCUCGAUUUAUUAGUUUUGUUUUUUUUGUUUAUUUUGGGUUAGGUUUUUUUAGUGUUAAAAACCCAAUGCCCCAGAAUUGCAAACGAGACUGGCUGAUCUAACAUUCCCUGUGUUUUUGUUUCUGUUUUUGUACAUAUAUUACUGGAAGCGAUGAGCGCCAACCUCAACGAACGGAACAAAACGUAUAGGAAAUAAAAGAA